AUGGCCAUGGCGGGCACAGGGAAACAGCCGGACAACAAUGAGGAUCCUCCCACUCCACAAAGACCGGUAUCUUCCUUACUAUCUCACUUUGAGAAUCUCUCUCAUCGCAGAGCUCCCUCUGCUGCAGUCGCCAGCCCACGUACCUCUACAACCCAUUUGUUGGCAACCCCGGAACCCAGUGAUGAGCUUCGAUCUUCUAGCCGUGCUUCUCUAGACUUGCCCAGAGAGCAAUUUCCAUGGACCCCGGCCGAAGAGAAUCUGAUUCAGUACCAGCACACAAAUGGGGAGGACUUGAGGGACCGCGGGUUAUCCGGAAGACGAUAUGGGCGGCCCAUCUCCAUGAACUUCCACCGUUCAUCGCCACAGCUUCCGCCAAUGUUGACAGUCCAGUCGCCUCAAUCGCCACCUCGCGGACAAGAUUACGACAAUAUCCGGUCUCCUCGUGAUGAUAGCCGCAAAGCUCGGAGUCCAGGGCACCGCCCACGAGAAUCAAUGUCCGUUUCACCGGCACCACCUCGGCCGCUCUCUCCAGUGCCGAAGUUCGGACCAUCCGUUCACGUAGGGGAUACGAUUCCUCUAUUACAGUCUGGAUCUCUACGUCCUAAUCUGACCGGCAGUCCGGCGGAUCGCAAAUUAAAAAGUGCCUCGUUACCACCUCCAGCCAACCGAGCGGCAAAACCGAAAAUCCCGGCGAAACCGGCUAUGCUUUCUCACCCAGAUACAGCCUCGUUGAUUCCCCAGCUCGAACGUGCAUCGCCCGAGCCUAGCAUCUCACCCUUUAGCACCCCUCCUGGUAGCCCGGAGAAGCCUAUGGCUAAGCCACGAUCUGCCGAGAAGCCCAGUUCCAGAACACCCAUAGCUAGGCCAACGACAGAACCGCCUGGCAGGCGUUCAUUUGAUGAGCGCUCACCUGCACCGACCUUGAAUGCCAGACAUGACGCUAGAGAGAUGGGAUUUUCAAGGACUCGCCCUAGCCCAGAACCCUCACGGGCCACCAAGCCCUUGAUGGUGCAAAUUCCAUCAGUUCCUGCGGCAGGCCCUACGUCUGCUGCUACUGCUCCUCCGCUUUCGGCGCAAAGAUAUCGAGCCAGCGAUAAUCCUUACGACCGCCCUGGGCUUCCUCCACGACCAUCUGGUGGUCCCCGUCGAAGCGGAGUAUCCCCUGCACGAGAGCCUCCCAAGAAUUUGACUCCCGCUGCGCAUAUGAAGCCGGGCCAUAAGUCUAUCCCCUCGUUCGCGCGUGUCAACGAACCCUCGGCCCCGAAGCCUAUCCAGCGGCAACCCUCCCAGCGGCAACCUCCCCAGCGGCAACCUUCUUUACCCCGGGAACCUAGGCUAUCCUCCUCCCUCCCUGAGCGAAGAGUAGUGCGUACAGACACAGAAGAAGAAGAGCAAGCCGAAGAGCCAUCUAUCUUACGGACCGACUAUCCUGAUGCGUCAAAGGCCAAUCGCCGACCACCUCAAUUAAAAACUGGACCGAGAGAAAUCCUGACGAAAUAUGAUACCCGGUUGCUUGCUGUGUGUGGCAAGUAUGUGUGUACAACGGGGUAUCUGACUCGAGUGUGGGAUCUUACUACUGGUGAACAAGUGAUGAGUCUCAGUCACGGGGAGACUGUGAAAAGUUUGUCCCUCGCUUUUAAGCCAGGGAAAGGACUCGAAGAUGAAGGGAAGCGCAUUUGGCUCGGAACUAGCGCUGGUGACAUCCACGAAGUCGAUAUCCCGAGUCAAUCCAUCGUGGCCACCCGUUCAUACCCGUCCCGGCGAGAAGUCAUCCAGAUCUUGCGACACAAGAAAGAGAUGUGGACCUUUGAUGAUGAAGGGCGACUGCUUGUGUGGCAGCCAGACGAGACUGGCACGCCGAACCUGCAGUACAGCUACCACAAUGCGUCCGAGCGUGUCGCUCGCGGUCACACAUUCUCCAUGGUUGUUGACGAUAAGUUGUGGCUGGCAGCGGGCAAAGACGUUCAUGUAUAUCGCCCUUCUGCACAGGACGAUGUUUCCUUCAAAGUCUUCAAACGGCCUCUUGGGUUGCAGCAUUCGGGUGAUGUCACUUCCGGGGCCUAUACCACGCGGGAGGGGGGGCCGAAUGGCAAGGUCACUGUAUAUUCCUCGACCGACUUCACAUGCCUAGCAGUGGUCAAUGUCAGUGUAUACAAAAUAAACUGCCUCGGAUUCGUGGGAGAUUAUCUCUGGGCUGCGUAUAAAACCGGCAUGAUCUACGUCUACGAUGUAUCCACCAAUCCCUGGACUGUGAAGAAAGACUGGCGCGCCCAUGAUAGUCCAGUUUCCGGUUUUGUGUUAGACACAAGCAGCGUCUGGACUAUGAAUCGCCUGCAAGUGACUUCGCUAGGUACGGAUAAUUGUAUUCGUCUCUGGGACGGAAUGCUCGAGAACGAUUGGCUGGACUCACGUAUGCAAACCAGAGAUGUAGAGUUCUGCAAUUUCCGAGAAAUUAAGGCUGUUGUCUUGACUUGGAAUGCUGGUGCUUCUACUCCUGGCAGUGUGCGAACAUCCGAUUUCAUCCGCAAUGUUGUCACUCCUGAAGAUCCGCCGGAGAUUGUGAUAUUUGGAUUCCAGGAGUUGGUCGAUCUUGAAAAUAAGAAGAUCACAGCUAAGAGCUUGCUACUUGGUAGUAAAAAGAAAGAGAACGGCGAAAAGGAACACAUGAGUCGCCAAUAUCGAGUAUGGAUCGAGCAUCUUACUCGUACUCUUCACGAGUGCAUGCCGCUCGAGGAAUCCUACGUUCUUUUGCAUACUGCAAACAUGGUUGGAUUGUUUACUUGUGUUUUCGUCAAACACAAGGAGCGUCACAACAUCAAAAACAUCAGUGCUUCGGAAAUUAAGCGUGGAAUGGGUGGCUUGCAUGGCAACAAGGGUGCCCUUGUCUUCCGCUUUGUCCUCGAUGAUAGCUCCAUGUGCUUUGUGAACUGUCAUCUAGCGGCUGGCCAAACCCAGACCGCGAACCGAAACAACGAUAUUGCAGCCAUCUUAGAAGCCGAGUCUCUGCCUGCGGAAAAUAGCAUGACCCUACGGACAGAUCAGUUCGCUAGUGGUGGUGAUGGAUCGAUGAUCAUGGACCAUGAAGUGUGCAUUCUAAACGGAGACCUGAACUACCGUAUCGAUGCAAUUCCUCGCAAUGUGAUCAUCGAUGCAGUCCGCCAGAACAACCUACCAAAACUCCUGGAUCGAGAUCAGCUACUUGCUUCCCGGCGGAAGAACCCCGGUUUCCGCCUGCGUGCCUUCGCUGAAUCUCCUAUCACCUUCGCCCCGACUUAUAAAUACGACGUCGGCACGGACGAUUACGAUUCCAGUGAUAAGAAACGCUCCCCAGCCUGGUGCGACCGCGUGCUCUACCGUGGUCUAGGACGCGUCAAACAACUCGACUAUCGACGACAUGAGGUCCGUGCUUCCGACCACCGGCCGGUUAGUGCCGCGUUCAAGAUUCGCGUUAAGACAGUCCUCCCCAAAGAACGGGCCGCGACCUGGGAUGUGUGUAAUCAGGAGUUCCAGGACGAGAAGCGGCGCCUGGCUUCAGAAGCUAGCAUCGACUAUCUAAUUACGGUUCUCGGCACAGAUCCUCGUCAAGCCCGUGCCUUGAUACUGGGAAAGCAAUAG